AUGGAAAAAAGCCUCCAUGAGCCCAUGUAUAUUUUCCUCUCUAAUCUAUGCUUGAAUAGCCUUUAUGGGACUGUUGGUUUUUACCCUAAAUGUUUGCUGGACUUGCUAUCUGAUACUCACACAAUAACCUACAGUUGGUGCUUACUACAAGUUUAUGUGAUUUAUUCCUCUGUCCUUUGUGAAAUCUCAAAUAUUACAGUAAUGUCUUUUGACCGCUAUGUGGCAAUUUGCAGACCACUGCAAUACCACAGUAUUUUGACUCCACAUGCUGUGCUUAAGCUGCUUGGGUCAGAAAACCUUUCAGUUAGUGAACGCAAUGCAUUGGCUAUACAGUUUUUGAUUUUUCCCCCACUAUUGAAUGCAAUAAUUUAUGGGCUUCAACUUCCACAGAUCCGAAAAGUAGUGUGCAGACAACGUUGUAAACACAAAAUUCUGUGUAAACUCAAGAGAUGA